AUGAAGAAGAAAGCAAGAUUGAGAAUUCCGUCUUUCACAGAGGGUCAAUCUAAACAGCUGAAGGGCUCCGUUGACUUUCUUGGAAUUAAUUACUAUUCAUCUGUGUAUUUUUCGGACAACCAUGACACACAGAACAUAGAUGUUCGAGAUUUCAUUGCUGAUAUGUCCGGUCUAGUUUCAGGUUCUCCUAACACGCCCUCGUUCCUACAUUAACUAAACGGAUUGCGUUCUUCAUAGCUAAAUGAUUUUCAGUUUAAUAUCCAAUGAGUUCUUCAUGAAAUAAUUCAGGAAAAAUAAGUUCUUACUGAAUUUAUUCGUACUAGCUCGAUCUAAUCAAACCCUUUUGACUUGAAUAUCUUCUUAUUGCACUGAUCAAAUAUAGUUUCUGGGGAUGCCGCACCGAGCAAACAGGUAGAGACUCUCUUUAACUCAUUUUAUUUUGUGGUUUGUCGCUUGGCGAGCUGAGUUGCUUGAUUUUUUCUUUCUCCCAAUAGUAUUGAUCCAGCCGCCUUGGAGAGUUUUCUACUGUCUUAGAAGAGCAAAUAUGGAAAUCUACCCAUCUACAUUCAGGAGAAUGGUUUGCUCUCUCUCUCUCUCUCUCUCUCUCUCUCUCUCUCUCUCUCUCUCUCUCUCUCUCUCUCUCUCUCUUGUACACAAUAAUACCAACGACAUUUCCGACAAAUGGAAACUAGUAAUAGAUACUCUCCUUGUCAUUUGCAUCAGGUUUCCAAACUACAUACGGCGUUACAUUGGAUGACACUAGACGAGUAUUACAUUAGGUGAUUUUAUCGUUUCCCAUCCAUGCCGAAGCCUCUAAGAUAUGAUAUGAACUUGUUUGAGGGGCUAUAAAAGCAUUAACGUGUGUCUUUCAAAUACCCAUUUGUUGCAGGAAUGGAACAAAUGCUAGAGUAUACUUUGUCUGGUCAUUCUUAGACUUAUUUGAGAUUUUAUCAGGGUUCGAGUUUCACCUCUACUAUGUUGAUUUUAAAUAUGAGAAGGGGACUUUCAAAGAGUUUCACCCUUCCCAAGGACGUGGUGGCUCUCUAAGCUGCAACGUAACAAGCAACCAGAUUUUCUUCAUUUCAGCUUCAUAAGAAAUCACUUCAUCGUUUCUAAGAGACUUAGAAUUAUCACUCUUAUGACAUGUACUUUAGUUGUUAGAUUAAUGUAUGACGUGAAUGCUAUUUCUUACCCCAAUCUUGGCUACGAAUAUGGGAAGGGUGAGCACUUGACUGUUGGCCUUCAUCAUCAAUUUGGUAAGAACCUUGAUCUAGAAAAGAAUAGGAUGAUUCUUUUCCAAGGGAAUGGGAAACAAAGAUUAGGGGAACAAGGUUUUGAGUCGUGGAGACCGAAUUGAACCAAGUGUCUUUUUUCCUGUCCCCCUAUACAGCUGAGUCUCCUUAUUUAUAUUUAACCCUCUGCCCCUCCCCAUUUAGAAGCUGGAAGUUUCUUCCUUCUUGACUGUCUUAAUGGGAGGCUUAUCAACAAUCCCCACCAUGGCUUUCACCUCGUCUACAAGGUGCAACAAUGUUGAGAGCGAACACAUCUGUAUUACAUAACCUAAUACCAGAGGCAGAGGGCAGAAAGAGAGAGAGAGAGAAUGUAUCUUUGUGUACUAUUCAUAGAUGCCUAUGGGUCUAGGUAAUCGGAUUAGGUAAUGGCCAUCUGUAUCCUGUACACUGACUGACAAGCUAACCUUAUGUAAAUCUCACUAGAAGUUGAGCCAAGAGCAAUCACACAACAGACAACUGACUCGCACUACGGCUCAAGAAACGCUCAAAUACUAAUCACACACUCUUAAAAAAGGUCAAACAUAACAUGUUCAAAGGCAGAAGUUGCUUGCCUGAAAGGCCAUGAAAAUGAAAGCACUACAGAAGAACCUGCCGCGGUUUUGAAGCACCCAAAUGAUAAUAAAAACUUACGAUAGGAAGUAUGAGAGUGGUGAAGAUUCUGGAGCUCAUGGGUUUCAGAAGUUCUUCUUUCCGUCUUGCCAACACUCAGCAUUUGACCUCCUUGAGACCGUGGGCAAAAUACAAAAAUGUUGGAUUGGUGGCACCAUCCUUGUAGUAUGCAAACACCACGCUUCCAUCAUCAUGCAUGCCCUCACCAACAAAGCUGCCAAAAACAGGAAACAUACUCAGCCCACCGAGUCAACUAAGACAAAAAUGAACUAUGAAAUCGGCAAGCUCAUGGUGAGCUUCCAAUAAAGUAUGUUGAUGAAAAUAUAAUUAAAAUGGUCCAACGACCUUAAAAGAUUUCAAGAUACUAGACUAGUCAGUAAUAAGGCAGAUCAGAACCAAACUCAAAGAAGAUCCUCCUAGAAAAAAGGCUCCAUGUGGGAACCGGACCACCCCUUAAUGUCUGGGCCCUUCAUAUGAACCCACCAGAGGAAGAGAUGGGGAGAGGAGAGAGAGAGAAAGAGAGAGAGAGAUGUGUGCAUUGUCUAUUGUAGGGCAACCACAUGGAAAGGGAGAUACGGGCUGCAGGUAGGAACUUUUCAACACCCAGAUAGACACAAUUCAAGGUCAAAUUCUCAGACAAUACUUGAACUUGAAGCCCAAAAAAGCAGUGAAAUCAUCACUAGGUUGGGCUCCAUACCGGUCUGACCUAUUGAAAACAUUACCCAACACUAAGGAAUACUAGAAGCUCUUUUUGAAUCAAACAAUGUACAAAAUAAAAAAAAUAAGCACAUACAAUUGCAAGUCCUUGAGUUUGGAGAGUAAAUAUUUUGUGGCACCCUCAACGCCCUUCUUGAAUGCCUCCUGCUGCGUCUCGUCCAACUUAGGAGUCAAGUUUUUAAUGUACCGCUUAAUGUAGGCCACAAACUGUUUCUUGUCGAAAGGAGGUUGCUCCUAUUCAGAGAAAAUAUCACAACUGUUAGAAUGCUCAGAGGUGUAAGAGAACAAGCUGAAACAGUUGAUUCGAAGAAGGAAACACCUGAAGACGGAAAGUGUCAAUAAUAUCAACAACUUUGACAGCCUGAUCAUCAACGCCUUCGUCUUCUCCUCCACCUUCAGCAGAUGGGUUUGCUCCAAUGUCUACAUCAAGAGCUCCUUUAA